AUGGUUGAGUUAGAACGGCUUUUAUACUUACGAUUGAAACAACCAAACUUGAGGCUAGGCAAGUUCAAGCAAUUGCAUGAGUGUAUGGUUCGUGGUGAAACUAAUGCCAUUAACACUGGACAAAGAAUUAUUCUCCCAAAGAGUUUUACUGGUGGUCCAAGGUACAUGUUCAACAAUUGCAAAGAUGCUUUUGCAAUAUAUAAAUAUGCUGGAUAUCCAAGUUACUUUAUCACUAUGACAUAUUGUCUAACCAUAGAGUUUCAGAAGAGAGGUCUACCUCAUGCCCAUCUUCUUUUAUUCAUGCAUCCGGAAUCAAAACCACGAACUGUUGAUGACAUAGACAAGGUUAUUAAGACAGAGAUUCCAGAUAAGAGGGAAAAUCCAAAAUUGUAUGCUGCUGUUGAGAAAUAUAUGGUUCAUGGUCCAUGCGGUCAUUUAAAUAGAAAGAGCCAAUGCAUGAUCAAUGGUAAAUGCUCAAAGUUUUUUCCCAAGGCAUUUCGAGAUAGGACAAUUAUUGACGAAGCAGGCUUUCCAAGAUAUCAAAGAAGAGAUGAUGGGCGAACUGUAUCAAAGAAAAAUAUAGAGGUUGACAAUUCAUUCAUAGUUCCAUACAAUCCCGGCCUUCUUCUAAAAUUUGGAUGUCACAUCAAUGUUGAGUAUACUUGCCAAACUUCAGCAAUCAAAUAUCUGUUUAAGUAUCUUCACAAGGGUAAUGACAUGGUGACAGCUGCAUUUUAUCAAAGCAAUGAAUCUCAGGUAGAUGAAAUACGUAAUUAUUAUGAUUGUAGAUAUAUAUCAGCAUGUGAAGCUGCAUGGAGAUUGUUUGGUUAUCCUAUUCAAAUGAAGGAACCAGCAGUAAUAAGAUUGCCAUUUCAUCUUCCUGAUGAUAUGCCAAUUGUCUACAAAGAUACCGAUACAAUUCAGUCAGUUAUUGAGACUUCUUUUUUCAAGGAAUCUAUGUUGAUUGGAUGGUUCAAAGCAAAUGAAGUCCAUAAUGAUGCCAAAAAUCUGACUUAUUCUGAGUUUCCAACAAAAUUUGUUUGGAAUGGAGAGCAUCAUACGUGGACUCAUAGAAAGCAAGGCUAUGCCAUAGGAAGGAUAUCUCAUAUACCACCAAUGAAUAAGGAAGAUUACUAUCUAAGGCUACUUUUGAACAUUCAAAAGGGAUGCACGAGUUUCAGUGAUCUAAGAACAGUUGAUGGUGUCGUUUAUGACUCCUUCAAAGAUGUAUGCUAUGCUUUAGGACUGUUGCAGGAUGACAGAGAAUUCAUUGAUGCAAUCUCUGAAGCAGGAACAUGA